AUGCCAGAUCACGUUGCUUUACUUUUAGAGGAAAAUCUAGCGAGAAACGAACUUGACCCUGAAGAAAAAAUUUGGCCAGUCAUUUGGGACUUUGCAGGACAGGACAUUUAUCGUGCCAUUCACCCAAUCUUUAUGUCGUCAGAGGACCUUUAUCUUCUCGCUUUUGAUCUUACAAAGAAACUUAGUGAAAAAGCAGUGUGUCGAGUGAAUGUGGGUCACAGAGAGCAUGCUGUAACAGCCCGCGAUGAUGAAGACACAAAUUUGGAUCACUUAUUAAGGUGGAUGGACUUGAUUCACUCUUUAAAGAAGGGUAAUCAGGAAGAAAAAGAGAAGGUUUCGUAUCCCCCAGUCAUACUUGUCGGUACUCAUGCUGACUGUGUAGACGAUCCGAGUAAAGCAAUGGAAUUAGUCAAACAGAAGUGUUUACGUGUGUUUUGUAAACACAGUUAUUUACCACACAUCAGAGAUCGUUUAUCGAUCGACAACAAAAACGCUGGCUUCAACCAGAAGGAUAUCGAGAAGUUUCGAGAGGCGAUUCUUAAGGUAGCUGAUGAAAUGCCUCACACGACGAAGCCGAUCCCUUUACAAUGGCAUCGUGUUGAGAAGGAAAUUAGUCAACCGAAAUGGCAAAGACGCAAGUUCCUUUUUAAGGAAUCUUUUCGUGAAGAUAUUGUUUCUCGCUAUUGCGCUUUUGAAAAUGAGGAUGAUGACUUUGAAGAACUUCUGCAUUUUUUGCAUAGCCGUGGGACAAUAGUGUACCAUGAACAUGAGUAUGAUGGUCUGGUUAUUUUGGAUCCCCAGUGGUUAAUCAAAAUAUUCUGCAAGAUUAUCAACGUAAAUCCGCAGGAGAAAGAAUCAAUGGACGUAGAAGCAGAUCGUACAGAAUUGGAAGAAAAAGGAAUUCUUUCCGAAAAGUUGAUUGAUCAUACCUGCCGCAAUGAAAGUCUGAGUCCCAUUAAGGACCAUUUGAUUUCUUUAAUGGAUAAAUUCAACCUCAUCUGCCGUCAAAAAACAGGAGAAUCGCAGUUCUUAGUCCCUUGUAUGCUUCGGACUACUACUAAUGAAGAAGAGGAAAAUGAAACUGGAUCAACUGUACCUAUCUACCUCAGGUUUCAAACUGAGUAUGUUCCAAAUGGACUAUUCUCCCGACUUAUUGUGCUGUUUGUGAAAAAUCCGCAGUACACAAAUAUGUACGAGCUGACAUCAAAUAAAGCUGAAUUUAUCCUUGACGCGAAUAGCAGCCAUCCGUUUCAAAUGGUGCGCUACAAGAGUGUUAUUAAGCUGGGGUUCGGAAAAGCUGAAGGCAAUCCGCCCAAAGAGGAUUAUGUUAAUGUUUUAAGGUAAAAACUUGAAUUCAAGUUCCUCUUGCUUUCGACAAAUUUGCAAAACCUGUAUACAGUUGAACCUCUCCACAACGGCCACCUUGGGGACAGAAGAAAGUGGCCGUUGUAGAAAGGUUUAAACAAGAGUCGGUGUAUGGACUGUCCGCCAAAAAAAGUGGCCGUUGUAGAGACGUGGCCGUUAGUACAGGUUCGACUGUACAUUUUUUCUUGCUGUCAAUUCUGUGUUAGAUACAUAUCCCUCUUUUGGCUAGCCUGCAUAACAGGCGUUUUAUGAGCCAAGCGAGGCGAACGCGGCAUUUUGGGUUUCACGCUUGGCGCAAAAUGUCACGUUCUGUUCGUUUGGCUCAUAAAGCGCAGGUAAAACGGCUACAGGAACCGCGGGAAGAGGGGGGUGUGGCCCACCCACCCCUUUUUCAGGGUGGUUAGAAAGUAUUCAGUUUAUACUGUUAACUUUGACCCAGUUUAGUUUACCUGGCUAAUUACUAACAACAAUAGCUUAAACGAAGGUAAUCCGCUCCUGCUGAAACAGUAAGAGAUGCUAAUCAAUCUUAAAACUUUACAAUGUAUUUAUUUGCCCAAGGUGGUUGUUUUUGACUUUUCGGAUAAACCCGCAGUUCGAAACAGUUUGCAUAGUUUGGCUGAAUGUCAGUUUCUGAACGGUUUAUCGUUUGUGAAAGAUAAAGUGAAAUGAUCGGUGCUGCUGAAUAUAGAAAUCAAAUUUCUUAUUGGAAUAUUAACGUUGAAAGCAGGUCAACUACCCCUGAUUAUAAUAGGUUAUAAGUACCUGUAGAUUUUCCUAUUGUGUGGCCUAAGUUCUUCUCCUGCCCUUUUUGCCAAUACGUUUCUUUAAAUGAAUUUAUAGGUGGUUAGAUAUGUUGUUUGAAAAGCUUCAGAGGGAGUGUCAUUGGCUGGAAUCAAUGGCUGUGGAGUUGUGUGCUCGAUGCACAGUCUGCAUAGGACGAGAGACAAAGCCCUGCGCGAGGCACGAGGAAAGUUGUUGUAGGCACCAUGACUGUGGUCACUACAUACCUUUGGUCGGAAAAGUAGCUCUUUGUUGUAAGCCUGGUCAAAUGCUGGAAAAGAAAUCACUGAAGCCAUGGAUUGAGGCCAUUGAAGACGUUUCUAAGGUGUGUGAUGUGCAAGUAAUAAAAACUUAAGGUUUUCCUUUUCGUUUGCAAAAGUGACGUCUUAAUUAAAUUUAACUAGGAAUACGUGUACAUAUGUCUACGGCAUCGCUAAAGUUUCUUUAAAAGUGCUUGUGGCUACAUAUGGCGAUGCAAUAAGUAUUAUGAGACUGAGCAGAUUGAUGUCAAUGGCUCGUAACAUUUUACUACUUCUAACAACUACUACUAGUCUUCCUACUUUGGCGUGUUUUACAUGAUAAGAAAAAAAAGAUGUGUAUGUUACAGGUUAAAUUUGAUUUUUACCGAGGUUGAUUCGUAUUUUCCUUGGUCCCCUAGCCCUAAGGGACAACAGAAAUUGAGAAUUAAUCUAGGUUAACAAGUUUUAACCUGAUAUCAAAUUUAACCUGUAACAUAUAUAAUAAAACAGUAAACUAAGAUAAAAUGGCGUUAAACAAACAAAGUACUGAAGUAAAUUGAGGGCAUGAAUUAUGUCAGAACUCUUUCAACUAUGCUGGUCCAAUAUAUAUACAAACUACAUUUGGUACAUACAUCAACGCAUAGGUUAUUAAAUUAGAAUAUAACCAUUUCUUCAUUUCUUAAUUCUUUGCAGAGAUUGAGUCCCUCCAGCUUACUUUUCAAAACUCAUGAAUCCGGUAAGUCGUUCAAAUACAUACAACAAUACGCAGGUUCAAGUGAAAUUUUUUGGUAUCUUAUGACUGGAUCGGCUGCUCAGGUGCACUAACUGUGAAGUUUACUCACUGACCAGGUCUCAUGCAUUGAGCAAUGUUAUAAUAUACAAGUAAUUUUUCUUAGGGGGACAAACUGUGUAUCCGGCUUCUUUGGGAGGCCCCUGCGUGUGCGAUUCUGUACCUUCCAGUGGCAUUGCAAUUCUAGUAAUUUAGACACCACUCCAGACAUGUAUAAAUUUAUUGAUAAAAUGUGAAAUGGCAAUGGCUGACAAGGGCUCACUUGUUGAGCUGCCUCUUUUUGUAACUUAUUGGGUGUAAGAGCAUGUUUACAAUUUGGGCAAUCACCUUGUAAUCACAGUCAACGUACAUCUACCUCAUUUUCGUUAGCAUGCACUGAGUAUAGACUAGUCCCUUAUUUUCCUGCAUGUGAUUUAAGAACACUAAGUUUAACAUACAUAACGCAACGAAGUUCACUACACUCAGUACCUUUCACGCAGAAAUCUGUAAUUAUCUUUGGUACCUGUUCAUCGAACUUGCUGUGUGUCGGCUCUUUAAGUUUAACUUCAGGGCAUGGCAGAAAUACUGCAUCCUUUCCUUACUAAGCCGAGGCAGAUUCUCCGAGGGAAUAUUGAUCAAUAUUUCUUCGAAAAAGAAUGCUUUCGUUCGAGCUUUUUAAUACUCUUACUAUCCGCAAUUUUGAAACUCAAGCGUCCGGGAAAAUACGGUAGUGCCAGGUCCUGCGUGGUAUGGAAUUAGGCUCCCUAUAAAUAGUUGCGACAUUUUCACGAGCUGUAGUUCCUAAGUGUAUUUCGAAGUAAACCGAAAACCGCUACCGAGUGAUAAAUUCAGGGGUCAUAUUUCCAUAUUCCUAGGCGUAAAAAUAAAAGACAAGUUUCUUGCUUAAAAAUAUUUUCACAGUAACGAAACAUGAAAUGCUUGAAAGGAAGGAGAAACAAUUGCCAAAACAAACAGUUCGGUUAUUUUUGUUCUAUUCAUUUCAUUGUUUUACGCGUUGUUUAAGUUCUCAGCACAUUUACCAUCAAUGCCUAAAAUCUAUUUCAUUUCUCUACUUUUCACUGGAUCAUUUGCGGCGUGGGGAUCACCUCACUCGUCUCCAGUCGUCUCUUUUGUCUCCUGAUUAGAUAUUAACGAGCGAUGCGCGUGGAGAAUGCGCGCAGAUGGAAGAUGCCCUCUAUCCUCCCCAUCGUCCCCUUCGCCGAGAUGCCGUAAUAGUCUCCCGCGACCAUUCCAUGACCGCCUACAAAUCAUAUGAGACGACUGGGGACGAGUCAGAGACAGUGCAGUGGACUGGUGUGGCGGAAUCGUCAUGUCCUUAAUUUGGUAGACGUAGACAAUUUUUUUAAUUUUUAAAAUUUUUAAAAAAUUUUUUUUAAUUUUAACAUUUUUAAAGCUAAACUAGUGAGCAGCCCUCUGCGAACUGUUGCUGUAAAACUUGUUUAUUCUCCUACGCGUUUCGUCUAACUAACGUAGACUUCUUCAUGGAGUUUUACAAUCAAAUACUAAACGCCUGUAUUUAAGCCAUAAUAUGACUAAAAAUAAUGAUGGUCGCAAGCAUUGAAGGUUUGGCCGGAUUUACGAAAAGGAACAGGCGCAGCUGUGAAAUUUUUUACGCGAGGCUUAAGAAUAUGGCCCCAAAGGAUAGGUGUUAGUCGAACAUCCCUAAUUUUGUUCCGUUAAACCUGCGAUUAUAAACAAUGGAAACAGGUUUCAGUGAAGACCCAUGAGAUGGGUGCGGCUACAACACAGGCCUAUGGAGUGAAAUUUUGGAUCAGUUUUCCGGAAAAACUACGACGUUACCUACCUAUAUAUUUCCUUAUUUUGUCCAAAAACAAGAAGAAAAGCAUAAGAACGUAACAAAUAAAGUUUGUUUUCACGAUAUAUGUCUGCUUCCAAUCAACCAUAUCAGCAUCACCAAUGUCCAAAAAAUAAUAAUAAUAUGACACAUUGUUGCUGGGAGAGUGUGGCACUCAGUCGUCGGCGACGCUUACUACCCAUUGUUUGAGUGGCCCGGGAUGUUUGUGACUUUAUAAUGGUGUCAUAUCAAGUCCUUAAUAGCCCUCGUUUGAUAUAUUACUUUUCUAACAUGACUACGAGGCUUUCUGGUAAUAUUUCUGUAUUUGGUUUGGUUUUAAUUGUGCUCAAGUCACUUCUGGAAACCGCGAGACAAUGCAGUCUUGAAAAAUUUACAAUUUUGUCCCUAAAGGCUCGGAGUCAUUUACUAUUUUGAUACAUCGAACGUGGGCUAUUCUUAGAAACUGAUUUACUUGGCAUAAAAUUAAAUACUUAAUUGCUUUUUGAAUUCAUAGUAGAAACUCCAAAAGAAAAAGGAAAGAGAAAAAAGCAGAAAUCACCGGAGUCGGAUGAAGGUACGCACCUUGUCUCAGAACCUUUUUGUUUCGUAAAACCCAUCAGCUACUAUCAAGAUAGAAUAAAAAGACAGGAUGAGACGGUUGUUAAGCAAUCGUCCCCAGGGUCUUCUCUCGUUUUUCCAAUUUAUUGGCGGCAAAACAAGAGGGUCUUCUUUUCUCUCCUGCCGCCAUAUUGCGACACGAAAAGACCCCGCUCAGUGGAGACGAGGCCAGGCAGUAAGAUAGGAUAGGAUAGGAUAGGAUAAGUGCUUUAUUAUCAACAGAGCGCCUACAGACACAUGUGUUUACAAUGAUAAAGAUUUUCGUGCAAUAAUUACAGAGGUGUACAUUUGUAAAAUUUAUACAACUAUUAAACAAGGUUAUAUUUAACGCGUCUAUCUCUUUCACGGAAGCGAUCAUAUACGUAUUUAGCCACAAUUUUUUGCGUUUUCUCUCCUUGCUUCAUACUUAUCAACGUUGUAAAGGCAGAGCUUGGAGUCAUAGAGUCAAGAAUAAGAUUAGUUUCCUUUUUUAGCGUAUUGAACAGCUCUCCCCUAGGAUCCCUAUAGGCUAUGCAAUUCAUCAAAAAAUGCUCCUCGUCUUCUAAUCCAGUUUUACAUAAUGGACAGAUUCUUUGGUCUGGUGGUUGAUAGGGUUUAACGUAUCGUCCAGCUUCAAUUGCUAGUUUGUGGUUGCUUAAUCUUAGCUUUGUGAUUGCUACUCUAUGAUUGAUGUUUCUUACAUUUGUGAGGUAAUUUUCGUAGUCAUGGGUAAGUUUAAAUUUCCUAAAAGUUCUUAGUUUGUUUUUUUGAUGCGGGUCCUUUCGUUCAUCAUUGUGUAUUUCGCUAAUCCAUGUUUGCUGUUCUAUGUCUAAGAGUCUCUGUCGUAUAUAGUUCAUGAUUGCGGGAGUGUUAGUUUUCGCUGACCAUAUGUCUCCAAGACCUGCGAGAGCAGCGCUAAGCUACCAUCCAUUUUUUUAGGUAGAAAUCUGUGCUUAAAAAUGCUUUUUGUCAACUAAUAACCACGAGAUUGAACCUUUUUUAGCUUUUCUCCUUUUUAUUGUAGAACAUUCAGGAGAUAAACAGAAGACGACAACAAAAGAUUUGACUAAAGGUACGGUACAUGUCACAUGUACUCGAUCAGGCUUUUGCAAAAUCCAGUCAUUAGAUUUUCUUUACAUAGGUUACAAUAAGAAAUCCUCAUUUUUCAAACCACAACUUAACCGAAUUGUAACAAACAGUUUUUGACUGAAAUUUCUAACAAAAAAGCUAUCAUGUGAAAUUUGAUUGUGUCACCAAAAUCCUCUGCUUAACUUAAAAUUUUCAAGCUUUCAAUGCUUGAAGUGCGA